AGUGUUACUCUCCGAGGUCUCUCUUCAUUCGAGGCUGACAGUACAGGUUCUUUCGAAAAGACCUCAUCCAUUUUCGCAUUCUCCGCGAAAUCUGGGACACAAACAGACUCGGGCGGCCAUCUUAAAGGAAAAGUCUUGCGCCCCACUAUUAAUUUACAAAAAGGAUUGUUUUUUUUUUUUUUUUAAAACUUGUUUUGUUUUUUUUUUACACAUAUAUAACAAUACAUACAUCAUUUUGUUUUUUUUCUCUAAUUGUUAAUAAUAAUUAAUUAAUGAAAACAAAAAAAUAUAUAAAUAAAUUUUUACAUACUGGAUAGUUUUUGUUGUGACAAGAAAAAUAUAUAAUUGUCAAAGUGAAAAAAAAAAUAAAAAAAGAGAGAGACAGUGUAUUUGUGUAUACACACAUAUGUGAAUUUAGAGGAUCUACGUAUUUGUGUGUAAUAAGUGUUGGUUUUGACGGUGGCCGUCAGUUGAGUGUGUAUUUAUCAUCAGUGUAAUAAACUCGUCGUCUUCAGCUGGUUUAAAACUCCAGUUUUAAUAAAUCAUUAUAUUACAUACACACCAACAAUAAUAAUAAUAAUAAAAAUUUAGUUAAAUUAAUUAAUUACGACAAUUUAAGUAUAAAUUGUCUCUACGGAAUUUUGUGCCUGACAAUAUUUUGACAGACAGUGUGUUGGUGAAUAAAGAGAUAGUGAAUAUUUUGUGUUGGUGGUGACCAAAAGGAACAGUGACAGUUGUAAUUGACAGGAAAGAUGGCGCAAGGUGCAGACGAGGAGUGUUGACCCAUUUAUAUUAAUUUUAAACAGCUUUAUUAUUAAUUAAAAAAUAUUUGAUAAUAAUCAUUUAUUUAUUAUUGAAAAAUUUAUUUAAAUAUGUUUGUUUAAACAAAACGAGAUAUAUAUAUUUAUUUAUUUUUUUUUUGGAGUAAACAGUAUAAAAAAAAAAAUAAAACAUAAACAGUAAUAAAUAAAUAAAUAAAAAAGAAAGGUAUAUUUGCGCAUGUGCAUACAAAAUUAUUAUUGGAAAAAAAAAAAAAAUAAUCUAUAUAUAAACACACAGGAAAAAAAAAUUCAUCAAUGUGUUGUGUAUAUUUAUCAUUAAAUAUCAAUAAAUAAAUAUUAAUAAUAAAUCAAUCAGUAAAUAAUAAUAAUAAAAGAAAAAAAAAUUUUACAUCAACUUGUAUUGAUUGAUUGAUUGGGAGUAGUGAUAAUAAUAAUAAUAAUAAUAAUACAGGUGCUUUUCUAAUUUUUGUUGUGUUGUUUUUUAAACAAUAAAAAUUGAUAUAUAAUUAAAAUUUAAAUUGUUGUUAAUAAAGCCGCAGAAAUUCUGAAGAAAUUUGAUAUCCGUGGAGCCCUGGCAGGCUCAAGCACGGCAAGUAAAAUGGGCAACAAUGCCGCAAGUUCAAAUAAAAAAGUUGAUGCUGCUGAAAGUGUCAAGGAAUUUCUUGAUCAAGCAAAAGAAGAAUUUGAAGAAAAAUGGAAAAAAAAUCCAACAAAUACAGCAUCACUUGAUGAUUUUGAACGUAUUAAAACACUUGGUACUGGUUCAUUUGGUAGAGUUAUGAUUGUACAACAUAAACCAACAAAAGAAUAUUAUGCAAUGAAAAUACUUGAUAAACAAAAAGUUGUUAAACUAAAACAAGUUGAACAUACAUUAAAUGAAAAAAGAAUAUUACAAGCAAUAAGUUUUCCAUUUCUCGUAUCAUUACGUUUUCAUUUCAAGGAUAAUUCAAAUUUAUAUAUGGUACUUGAAUAUGUACCAGGUGGUGAAAUGUUUAGUCAUUUACGUAAAGUUGGACGUUUUUCAGAGCCACAUUCACGUUUUUAUGCUGCACAAAUUGUUCUUGCAUUUGAAUAUUUACAUUAUCUUGAUUUAAUAUAUCGUGAUCUUAAACCAGAAAAUUUAUUAAUUGAUUCACAGGGUUAUUUAAAAGUAACUGAUUUUGGUUUUGCAAAACGUGUUAAAGGUAGAACGUGGACAUUAUGUGGUACACCAGAAUAUUUAGCACCAGAAAUAAUAUUGAGUAAAGGUUAUAAUAAAGCUGUUGAUUGGUGGGCACUUGGUGUAUUAGUUUAUGAAAUGGCUGCUGGUUAUCCACCAUUUUUUGCUGAUCAACCAAUACAAAUAUAUGAAAAAAUUGUUAGUGGUAAAGUUAGAUUUCCAUCACAUUUUGGAUCUGAUUUAAAAGAUUUAUUACGUAAUUUAUUACAAGUUGAUUUAACUAAAAGAUAUGGUAAUUUAAAAGCUGGUGUUAAUGAUAUUAAAGGACAUAAAUGGUUUGCAAGUACUGAUUGGAUUGCUGUAUUUCAAAAAAAAAUUGAAGCACCAUUUAUACCAAAAUGUAAAGGACCUGGUGAUACUAGUAAUUUUGAUGAUUACGAAGAAGAACCAUUGAGAAUCUCAAAUACUGAAAAAUGUGCAAAAGAAUUUGCUGAAUUUUGAAAUGUUACAAAAUUACCAAAUUAUUAUUAUUAUUAUUAUCCUAUUAUUAUUAUUAUAAAUUUUAAUUUUAUUAUUGUUUAAAAUUUCAUUUAUAUAUCGCACAUGGCAAUGAUGAAAAUAUCAAGUCAAUGAAAUUUAUUAUUUUUUAUCAUUUAAACCAAUUUAUAAAUUUAAUAAUUCAACUGUGAAUUAUGGAGUAUGGAAUAUGGACCACGAUCAUGGUGCAUUAAUGAUUUUGUUGUUGUCCAUCAAUUUAUUAUUAUGAAAUUAAUAAAAUAAUAUUAUGACACAACAAUAAUCAUCAGCCAAGUAUCAGCCCUCUCUUUCUACAACUCAAUCGAAAAUAAUUUUAAAAAAAUAAACCUUUUUAAAAUAAAUUAUAUAAGUAUAUAUUCAAAAGAAAAAUCAGUGAUAAAUCAACAUCAACAGCAACAACAGCAACAACAACAGAAUAAUAAUAUAUAUUAACAAAUUAAAUAAAAAUAUAUUAUUAAAAAUCAAUAAUCAAUCAUUUAGAUUUUUUUUUUUUUAUUUAAUCAAAUAAAAAAAUAAUAAUAAACUUGUGAUCAAUAAUAUAAUUGCUAAAAGCCAAUCCAAGUAUCCAUAAAACUAUUAACUAGUCAUCAUCAUCUGAAGAUUUUAAAAAGCUAAUAAUAAUGGAAAAAUAAUUUAAACAAAAAAAAUAUAAUCAUCAAUGAAAAAUAAAAUCCCAUUAAGUAAAAAAAAAAAAUAUAUAAAUAUAAUAAUAAUAAUAAUGAGCGACUGAAAUAGCAAAAAAAAAAAAAAAAUUUAAAUUAAAAUAUAUUUAAUAUGAUGAAAAUGAAAAUGAAAAUAAAAAAUAAUAAGAAAUAUCAACACCAACUUCAAAAAUAGUCUCGAGACGUUUCGAAAUUUAUAUGUUUAGUGACAAAAACUAGUAUUGUAUUUGUAUAUGUGUGCAUAUGUGGAGACCUUAUAAAAAAAAAAAAAAUCUUGUCUAUUUAAAUGAUCCUAGAAUACAGACAAUGCCAACAAGUUCAUCCAUUUAACAACCGUUACUAGGUUGCCACGAGUCCAAGGUGAAGAACAAAGAUCGUCAUCGUGUUAAUCGAUGAAAUAUACAAAAAUAAAAAAAAAGUAACGCCCCUCAUUUAUUAUUAUUUUUUCACAAAAAAAUAUAUAUAUUAUUUUAUUUAUUUAUAUAAUUUUUUAUUUUUUUUUUUUCUUCUCGUUAUACUAUUAUCGUCAUCAUCAUCAUCACUUGUCUCUUUUAUUUUAUUGCAUAAUCAGUCAUUGUUUGUGUCUACGAUUAGUAAUAAAGGAGAGAAAAAAAAUAACGAAAAAAAUAAAAAAAAAGAGAGUGAAUGAUAUACUGUUUAUGAUAUAUCAUUAAAUCCUUUUAUCGUUGAGUUCGUGACAAGGGCAAUGCGUAUUUAAAUAAUUUGAAAAAAAAAAUAUAUAUUGAAUAGCAAUUGUCAGGAAUUAAAAGUGUUUCGAAAAAAAAAAUAUAAAAAAACAAAAAAAAAAGAUAUGUGUCGUGAGCAUCAAUAUGCUAAAUAUUGAAAGAAAAAAAAAAUGUUAAUGAAUGAAAUUUUUCCAGCUUUUUAAGUGAAUCUCUGUAGACAUACGAUGGUAAUUUUAAUUGAUAAUAAAAAUAAAUUAAUACGUGAUCAAUUUUAUCAAGAGCUUUAAAUAAAAAAAAAACAUGCGUAAAAAAAAAUUUUAUGAUAAAUUGAAAAUAAAUAAAAUAAUAGAAAAUGAUUUAUCAAUAAUUUAGAUUAUUUUUUUAAUUUAUUUCAUUAACAUUUUUUUUUGGAAUAAAAAAAUUAUUUAUUCAUUUACAUAUGCUAGAAAAAUGAGCAAGAAAAAAAUUUAAUUUUAUUGUGUCAUUUAAAAAAAUUCAACAUCAACAAAUUGAAAAAAAAUAAUAAUAUUAAUAUUAUUAUAAUAUAUUAAUACAAAAUUUUCAUUUUAGAAUAUGUAUAAGUAUGUCUAGUGUACCUUUUCCCUACCUCAAAGAAAAAAAAAAAAAAUAGAUAUUUAUAAAUAUGCCAUCGUCCUGUCUGUCUGGCAAUAAUUUGCUAAAAAAUUAUUUAUGUAUCGCAGUAUAUUUGUCACUCUCCUUUUAAAUUUCUACCCUCGAUAAAAAAAAAACUAAACAUCUCUGUGUUGAUUGUGUAUUUUUUAAUUUAAAAAAAAUCUCAUUCAAUCUGUGAUUGUACGAGAAAAUAAGAAACAAUAAAAAAUUUUUUUAUUCAAAUAAAAUGAACAAGCAGAAGUAAAAAAAAAAAAUCAAUUUGGCAAAAGUAUAAUCAGCUUUACUUGUAAAAUUUAUAUUUAAAAAAAAAAAAUAUCUUGGCACUUAUUGUACAUAAAAAUCAUAUAAAUACUGACGGUUAUUUUAAGAUUCGUAAGCUCGACAGUUGCUCGCUAAAUAAAAAAAAAAAUAAAUAAAUAAAGAUAACAAAAAUAUAUAUUAAAAAAAAAAACGUACGUAUAAAAUAUA